GUCCGACGACAUCAACUUGCAAUACCAAGCAACCUCCACAGUAAAGCUUAUCCGCAGUUUAGACUCGGACAAAAUGAUAGAUCCGUAGCAGCCGCACCCUACUGUGCUACCCAGAAUCAACAAUGGCGGCAACUCUGCGUCAACUGGCGCGCCCGGCCCUCCGCGCACCGUCAAGACAUCUCGCCGCUCCAGCAAUACCGACAUCCCAUAUCCACGACCAGCACCGCCGCUUCCUCCCAGCGGCCUCGCGCGCGACAUUCUUCAGCCUCCCCGGGAACCCGCUCGGCCCGCCGGCGCCCGCACAUCUCACCGCGCGCCGGCGCCUGCCGUACCAAGCUUCGUCGCUGUACGACAUCAUCGCCGACGUGGACUCGUACGCCUCAUUCCUGCCGUACUGCACACACAGCCGCGUGACGGCGUGGCGGCCCGGACCCGACGGCAAGGGCCGCUGGCCCGCGGCCGGCGAGCUGACCGCCGGCUGGGGCCCCGUCACCGAGACCUACACCAGCCGGCUGUACUGCAUCCCUGGCCGGAUCGUCGAGGCCGUCAGCGGCAAGGGGACACCGGGGAUUUCACCAGCUGAGGCCAAGGAGUGUGGGAUCAAUCUUGACGAGAUCAUACCUGGCACCAAGGCUUCUGAGGGUGGGCUUUUUGAGAGCCUGGUGACGCGGUGGACUGUUACGCAGGAGGCAGGCACGGGCGGGUCGAGGCCCUGGGCGGACGUCGAGCUGUCGAUUCGGUAUCAGUUCGCGAACCCCAUGUACCAGGUUGCCACGGCCAGCGUGGCUAAUGAGAUGGCUGGGUUGAUGGUUAAUGCGUUUGAGAAGAGGGCCAAGGACCUCCUUGGCGCAGGAAGGCCUUGAACACGUCCGGACCUUCCGGAUCUUCCGGCUCUAACUUGAUCGGCUUCGUUGGAUGUGUUGGCUUUGUUGCAACGGGCGGUGUGUGCCAGCACAUGGAAUAAAACUAUGUAAGAUGAUAUCCACUGGAACAUAUGAGGCACAUGUGUACUACUCUAUACAUUUAGAUGACGAUACCCUACUCUAGACUAGACCAGACGCCCAUGCGUCUAUUUUUAAAAAAGAC